AUGGCGUCAGGUGUUCAACAAUGGCGUCGAUUUAAUUUUUUUGAUAAAGAAAUCGUUAAACGAAAAGGUGGAAAACCAUUAGAAGAUGUUAAAAAUAUUCAAGUUAUUGCAUCAACUAGUACAAAUGGUGCUGGUGAUGGUCAAUUGAUAUUUGGUUGUAGUGAUGGUUCAUUAUGUGUUAUUAAUCGUGAUUAUGAAGCUAAUCAUAUACGUUCAUUUGAUAUUUCAUUACAAUUAUUAGCACAUUCAGCAGGUGAUACAUUAAUAGCAAUUGGAAUGGAUGAAAAUGAAACAAAACAAACGAUUAAAUUAUGGAAAACAGAUAAAACACUUGUAGAAAAAGAAAAUACAGAACCAGCAAAAAUUAUAUCAAUAUUACCAAAUGAUCAUCCAAAUUCAAAAAUAUGUGCUGUAGCUAUUACUGAUCGACAUAUAGUACUUGGCUGUGAAAAUGGAGCAAUAUAUUUUUUUGCAUCAACUGAUUUAAUUAAAGAAAAACGUUAUAAAUUCACAACACCAUUUUAUCAAGCUGAAAAGCCAAUAACAAAUUUAGCACUUGUUGAAGGAACAAAACCACACGGUGGUUUAAUAGUUUAUGCAACGACUGAAACAAAUGUUCUUUCAUUUCGACUUAUACCAACAGCUCCAACAGCUGGUAUAUCAACUGCUGUUGCUGUUGCUGCUUCUGUAUCAUCUACUUUAACAUCUACAUUACGUGAUCGUCGACCAUUUCAUUUAACACAUCAUCAACAACCACCAGCACAAUUUAAUAUAACAAUUCUUGAAACACAUAUUGGUUGUUCACCGAGAUGUGCUGUUUUAGCACAAUCCGAUCUUGAUGGUGAAUUACAAUUCGUUAUUGCAAAUUCUACAGGAGUUUUUUCAUAUGUUGGAGAAGAUAAACGUGUUGGUUUAGCUAUUGAAGGAGAAAAAUUAACUAUACAUUGGUGGUUUAAUUAUUUAAUAGUUGUUACAAAAGAAAAUCGAAAAGCAAUUACAACAACAUCAACAACAACUAAUCCAACUAAUACACAACAACAAUCAGCUAUUUUAUUACAAUUAGCAGCAGAUUCAAUUCAUAAAACAACAACCGAAUUACAAACAUUAGCUGUUUAUGAUACAAAUCCUCAAUUACAGGCUUAUUCUGUUGGUAUAUCACGUAUACAAUGUGUUCUUGAUGAAUGGGGUUAUAUUCAUAUAUUAACUGGUGAUGGAGAAUUACAUCGUUUAAUCGAAAAAGAUUUACAUUCAAGACUUAAUAUACUUUUUAAAAAGAAUCAAUAUCAACUAGCACUUCAGUUAGCAAAGAAGAAUCAAACCAGUAAACAAGGUAUGGCGGAAAUUUUCAAACAAUUUGGUGAUCAUUUGUAUGCAAAAAAUGAAUUUGAAUCCGCAACUGAUCAAUAUUGCAAAACAAUUGGAUUUUUAGAACCAUCCUAUGUUAUAAAAAAAUUUCUUGAUUCUCAACAUAUCGAUCAUUUAACUCGAUAUUUAGAAGAAUUACAUCGUGCAAAAUUAGCUAAUGUUGAUCAUACAACAUUAUUACUUAAUUGUUAUACAAAACAUCCUGAUCGUAUUAAUCGUCUUGCUCAAUUUAUUGGUUUAAAUGAAAAUUCUGGAUCAACACCUGAUGUAGAAUUAACUUUUGAUGUUGACAUAGCAAUCGAUGUUUGUCGUCAAGCAAAUUAUUUGGAUGAAGCAUUAGCACUUUCAGCUAAAUAUCGUCGUCAUGAUAAAUAUAUUAAAAUUCAAUGUGAAAAUAAGAGAGAUUAUGAUCGAGCAUUGACAUAUAUUCAAACAUUAAAAUUUGAUGAUGCUUUACAAGCAUUUAGAAAUUAUGGCAAAACUUUAAUUAAACAACAACCGAAAUUAACAACAAAAUUAUUAAAACAACUUAAUCCAACACCACAACAAAUCGAACAAGAACAAUUACCAGAAUCAUUAAUUAAUUUAUUUAUGAAUAAUCCAGAUGAAUUACUUGAUUAUCUUGAAUAUGCUGUUAAACAAUAUCCAAAAGAACAUCUCGUAUCAACAGUUUACGAUACAAUUCUAGAAUUACUUCUACAAAAAUAUAGUACAACAGAAGAUAAAAAAGAACUAGAUCGUUUAAGUCAUCAGAUUAUAACAUUACUUCAAGAUUCAAAGAUUGGUAUUGAUGUAACGCGUGCAAUGGUUGCAUGUCAAAAAUAUAAUUUUAAAGCUGGUGUUAUUUGUUUAUAUGAUAAAGCAAAAUUAUAUCAACAAAUUUUGCAAUAUCAAAUGAAAAAUAAAGAAAGUGAUAAAAUAGUUUCGACUUGUCUUAAAUAUGGUGAUGAAGAUCCUCAAUUAUGGAUACAAGCUUUAAGUUAUUUUUCGAAAUUAAAACGUGCGGAUGGAUGUCGAAAAGAAAUUCAACAAAUAUUAAAAUAUAUUGAUGAGAAAGAUCUCCUGUCGCCAUUAUUGGUUAUUCAAACAUUAAGUAAUAAUGAAUCAACUAGUCUUGAUUUACUUAAAGAUUAUUUAAUACGAAAACUUCAUAAUGAACAAACACAAAUAGAAAAAGAUCAAUCAGAAAUUCGACGUUUUCGUCAAGAAAGUGAAUUAUUUGUUGAAAAAAUUAAACAAUUAGAAACCGAUCCAAUUCUUUGUCAAGAUCCAAAAUGUAGUGCAUGUAAAAUGGAUUUAGAUAUUCCAUGUAUACAUUUCUUUUGCGAACAUUCUUUUCAUGAACACUGUGCUUAUGCAGUUGAAUCAGCAACAUCAUCAGAAAUUACCUACGAAUGUCCAUUAUGUUCCGGCGAUAAUCGUAAAUGGCUUGAUUUAAUAAAUAUGCAACGUGUUAGUAAAGAUAUUCACGAAACAUUUCAUCGUAAAAUAGAUGAUCAACAAGAUAAAUUUGGUGUUAUUGCUGAAUUUCUUGGUAGAAGACUUUUUGAUAAAGUAAGAUAA